AUGGGGGCGGGCAUGAGCGGUGGCCGGCGGCGGGGCGCCGGCGGCGGCUGGGGCAGCGGCCCGUCCAGCGGGAUGCUGCCGCUUCUGGCCCUGCAGGUGAUUCUCGAGUACGGCCGCGCCGGCGCCAGUCGCCCGCCCGUGACGGCGGCGCUCAUCGCCGCCAACGCGCUUGUGUACCUCCGCCCGGGCGCCCUCGACGCGUUCCUCCCGCCGCUCUCCCGCGUCGCCUUCAACCCGCAUCUCAUCAUCCAGUACGGCGACCUGACGCGCUUCUUCCUGUCAGCUUUCUACCACCUGAGUGAAACCCACUUCUUCUACAACAUGACGUCUCUCUUGUGGAAGGGCAUACAGCUUGAAACAUCAAUGGGCAGUGUUGAGUUUGCUUCUAUGGUCACUGCCUUGCUUGGCCUGUCUCAGGGCUUCACAUUGCUCUUGUCCAAAGGUCUACUCCUUCUCGGCAAUGAGACUGCGUAUUACGAUCAAUAUGCUGUUGGAUUCUCCGGGGUGCUGUUUGGUAUGAAGAUUGUGCUGAAUGCCUGGUCAGAUGACUAUGUCUUCCUGCAUGGGAUGGUCAUUCCAGCAAAGUAUGCAGCGUGGGCUGAACUGCUCCUCAUACAGGCCUUCAUCCCCGGGACGUCCUUCAUUGGCCAUCUUAGCGGGAUUCUUGCUGGUCUAGCCUAUCUUUGGAUAAAGCGAUCAUACUCCGGACCUGACCCGCUUGCUCUUCUUAUCUCGGGCAUUUCAAAUGUUGUGAGUUGGCCGGUGAAAUUCGCUCAGAGGCUCCUGAGGCCGGGUCGUCGUCAGGGGGGCAGAGUUGGGCGCCGUGCAGCAAGAGAGAGCGGCAGAGGCAUGUGGAGAUGCUCGGCCUGCACUUAUGACAACUCACCUUCGGUAGACAUCUGUGAGAUGUGCAACAGCAUGCGCGAGGACCGUGUUUUUCCCAACAGACAACAUCUCCAGGAUGGGGGAAGCAGUGACCUCUCGGUUGAUGAGAUCCGCCGUAGGAGGCUGCAAAGGUUUGACAGAUGA